AUGGCACCUGGAAUACUCACGACGCCGGGGCCAGUCGUGCCCGGUAGCGACUUUCAUAGACUUGCCGGUGUAGUCUCCGAGUGGGACGAUACGCUGAGGUUCUACCUGAACGGGGCAAAAGUGACCAUCGAUAACAUUGAUCCCGAGAUUACUCUCCUGGAGUACUUGCGCGGGAUUGGACUCACCGGGACGAAGCUUGGCUGUGCCGAGGGGGGCUGCGGUGCUUGUACUGUCGUAAGUUCUCCUUCACCCCUUGUCCACUUCUAAGAAGCUACUGGCUAAGCCCUAGUGAUAGGUCGUCUCGCAGUACAACCCUACUACGAAAAAGAUCUACCAUGCUUCGGUAAAUGCUUGUUUGGCACCGUUAGUGAGCGUUGAUGGAAAGCAUGUUAUAACGGUAGAGGGCAUCGGGGACGUGAGCAAACCGCAUCCGGCUCAGGAGAGGAUUGCAAAAUGGCAUGGGUCACAGUGCGGAUUUUGUACGCCUGGAAUUGUCAUGGUCUGUUCCUUCUUCUACCUCGCUCGGCUUGAGCAGCGCUGAUUCUGAUGGUGGGCAGAGCUUGUAUGCUCUAUUAAGGAACAACCCUGACCCAACGAAACACGACAUAGAGGAGGCAUUCGACGGAAAUCUUUGCCGGUGUACGGGUUACAGGCCGAUACUAGACGCUGCUCAGACGUUUAGUUCUACGGCGGGCUGUGGGGGAGCGGUCGGCAGUGGCGGUUGCUGCAUGCAGGGCGGCGAUGGGGAGACCCCCAUGGGCUGUUGCAGGAAUAGGUCUACUGUGGAUGGGGACGCUGACCCUGUGAAGAGGUUCACGCCACCUGGGUUUAUUGAAUAUAAACCGGACACGGAGCUUAUAUUCCCGCCGGCACUUCGGAGGCAUAAAUUCAAGGGGCUAGCCCUCGGUAAUGAACGGAAGAGAUGGCUCAGGCCAUCGACGUUGAAAGAGCUGUUGGAAAUCAAGAAUGCCCUGCCUUCUGCCAAGGUGAUUGGUGGCUCGACGGAGACACAGAUUGAGAUUAAGUUCAAGGCAAUGCAAUAUAAUGUUUCGGUAUACGUAGGAGACAUUCCCGAGCUGCGGAACUACUCGUUCGAGGACGGCCACCUAGUUAUAGGGGCGAACAUCACCCUAACAGAUCUCGAAGGGGUACUUCAAGAAGGGAUUGGGAAAUACGGGCCCGUGAAAUCACAACCCCUAGUCGCAUUGCUUAAGCAAUUGGAGUACUUUGCCGGCCGCCAAAUCAGAAAUGUCGGGACGCCAGCCGGGAAUCUCGCUACGGCAUCGCCCAUAUCCGACCUAAAUCCCGUGUUCGUGGCUACUCGGAGUGUGCUCACUGCGCACUCUCUCGAAGACGGCGGGAUCGAGAUCCCAAUGACUAACUUCUUCAAGGGCUACCGGACAACUGCACUCCCACCGAACGCAAUAAUCUCGAGUAUUCGGGUGCCGAUUUCCGGAGAAAAGGGCGAGUUUAUCAGGACGUACAAGCAAGCAAAGAGGAAAGAGGACGAUAUCGCUAUCGUCAAUGCCGCCCUCAGAGUUUCGCUCAACGGCGAAAAUGUGGUUGAAUCGACAAAUCUGGUAUAUGGUGGAAUGGCGCCGACUACGGUACAGGCUCAGAAUACAAUGGAAUAUCUGGUGGGGAAGAAGUGGGACGCCAAAGAGACGUUGGAAGGGGCUGUGAAUGCCCUGGAGCGGGACUUCGAUUUAAGAUUUGGGGUGCCCGGUGGUAUGGCCACUUACCGUAGGUCACUAGCAUUCGGAUUCUUCUAUAGAUUCUGGCACGAGGUCAUGGGAGCCCUUGAAGGAGAGGUUUCGGCAGAGCUAGUGGAUGAGAUUAAAAGAGAAGUCUCGACUGGAAAUAGAGAUCAAGAUAGUGCAAUUGCAUAUGAGCAACCGGUGCUAGGGAAGGGAGUACCGCACGUUGCUGCAAUGAAGCAGGUUACCGGCGAAGCUCAGUACACAGACGACAUUCCUAGACACCACAACGAGCUUUAUGGAUGUUUGGUGUUAAGCACAAAAGCCCAUGCCAAGAUUCUUAACGUGAACAGCGAGCCUGCAUUGAAGAUCCCUGGGGUGCAGUCCUAUGUCGACCACCGAGACAUGCACUCUCCAGAGGCAAACAGAUGGGGGGCACCUGCCCACGACGAGGUCUUUUUUGCUGUUGACGAGGUGUUUACCGCUGGACAGCCGAUCGGUAUCAUCUUGGCUGCUACACAAUUGGCUGCUACACUUGGUGCUAGGGCUGUUUCUAUAGAAUAUGAGGAGCUGCCAGCUAUCUUGACCACGGAGGAAGCGAUUGAGAAGGAAAGCUUCUUUCAACAUUUUCAUUACAUCCGCAAUGGAGAGCCUGUUGAAGAGGCCAUGAAAGAGGCGGACCACGUCAUUGAAGGUGUGGCUAGAAUGGGCGGUCAGGAGCACUUUUACCUCGAAACGAACGCUGUCCUCGUGGUCCCCAAGCCGGAAGACGGCGAAAUUGAGGUCUUCAGCAGCACGCAGAAUCCUUCGGAAACCCAAGCAUACGUUGCUCAAGUUUGCAAUGUGCCUGCGAACAGAGUUGUUACAAGGGUGAAGCGUCUCGGGGGUGGUUUUGGUGGUAAGGAGACAAGAUCAAUUCAAUUGGCCUGUAUCUGCGCCAUCGCCGCAAAGAAGCUCAAGAGGCCGGUGCGAUAUAUGUUGAACAGAGAUGAGGAUAUGAUAAUCUCCGGGCAACGGCACCCUUUCCUCGGUCGAUGGAAGGUGGGUGUGAACAACGAUGGAAAGAUCGUGGCCCUCGAUGCAGACGUUUUCUGUAAUGGUGGUUGGACCCAGGACCUCUCCGCUGCCGUUUGCGAUAGAUCCCUUUCUCACAUCGAUAACUGCUAUAUGAUUCCGAAUAUUGAUGUUCGAGGGAGAGUUUGCAAGACGAAUACUAUGUCUAAUACGGCUUUCAGAGGUUUCGGAGGACCACAAGGAAUGUUCAUUUGUGAAAGUUAUAUGGAAGAGAUUGCGGAUACUAUCGGUAUGCCAGUGGACAAACUCCGGGAGGUCAAUAUGUACAAAGAAGGCGAGAAAACGCAUUUCAAUCAAGAGUUGAAAGAUUGGCAUGUCCCAUUGCUCGUCAGGGCAGCCAAAAAGGAGGCCGAAUAUGAAAAGCGCCGAGAAGCGGGUGAGUCCCCAUGACCAUCGGCCCUGGUACUGAGUUAACACGAUUAUAGUCGAUGAGUUCAAUAAGACCCACAAAUGGAAGAAACGAGGGCUUUCAUUAAUCCCGACUAAGUUUGGUAUCUCUUUUACCGCAUUAUUCCUCAACCAGGCUGGCGCCCUUGUGCACAUCUACCAGGACGGCUCUGUCCUUGUAGCCCACGGCGGAACCGAGAUGGGUCAGGGCUUGCACACAAAGAUGACCAUGGUAGCGGCGGAAGCUCUCGGUGUCCCGCUAGAAGACAUCCUGGUAUCGGAAACCGCUACAAAUACCGUAGCAAAUACAGCACCCACAGCAGCAUCAGCAUCCAGCGAUCUGAACGGAUACGCGAUCUGGAAUGCCUGCCAACAGCUCAACGAAAGGCUCGGGCCCUACCGGGAAAAGCUUGGCCCAGACGCUACUAUGAAGCAGCUCGCGCAUGCGGCAUAUUUCGAUCGCGUGAACCUGAGCGCAAACGGGUAUUACAAGACUCCUGAUAUUGGAUAUACCUGGGGACCGAAUACUGGUUCAAUGUUCUUCUACUUUACGCAAGGUGCUGCCAUUGCAGAGGUUGAGGUUGACACGCUUACUGGAGACUGGACCUGUCUGAGGGCAGACGUCAAAAUGGACAUUGGCCGGAGCAUCAACCCAGCCAUCGAUUACGGCCAGAUCGAGGGCGGAUUCGUGCAGGGGAUGGGCCUCUUUACUACGGAAGAGCCGUUAUGGUUCAACAAUGGCCAACUGGCGACGAGGGGCCCAGGUGCAUACAAGAUCCCCGGCUUCAGAGACAUCCCGCAGGUCUUCAACGUCAGCAUGUUGAAGGAUGUCCAGUGGAAGAACCUGAACACUAUUCAGCGAAGCAAGGUAACUCAGCCGAAAAACUAGCCAAUCCAUCGCCACCGCCGUUAUCGUUAUGAGGCUAAUGCAAUAGCGUAGGGAGUUGGUGAGCCCCCGCUCUUUAUGGGAAGCUCCGUAUUCUUUGCUAUCAGAGACGCCUUAAAGUCUGCGCGCGCGGACCACGGAGUCACGGAAUGUCUGAGACUACGUUCUCCUGCAACACCCGAGAGGAUUAGGCUCUCCUGCGCGGAUGAUAUUAUUAGGAGGAGUCGUGUGCAGCCACGUGACGGGGAGAAGGAAUUUUUUGUUUCCACUUAGGUUAAGGCCUGCCGGCCUGUUUAGGGCUUUCGUUAUGGGUUUCCGGGUUCGGCAGCGGGUUAGCAUCUCUUCAUGAGCACGGUCUGUUUCUUUCCCCCAUUUUCUUCUUUUCUUUACAGUUAGGCAAUAGUAGUAUUUGGGAGUGUCGCGAAUCGAACAAUAGCCCGUUAUCGGAACAAUGAGAUUGAGAUUCACACCCGCUCACUCGACGAGUGAGCGCGUGUAUAGUUUUCUCGAGAGAAGGAAUAUAUAUGGUCAGAAGAGAAUCGGGGAAUGAUACCACGCUUUAGCUACAUGUAUAUAGCAUGGAUCAAGCAGAAACCCACAAUCCAAGCCCACCGAAGCGUGGCUUCUCCAUC